AAAUUCAGAGAUGGAGAUUUCAGCCUCGCUAAUGAGCCACGUGGAAGACCAAAGACGAAGGUGGAUAAUGAUCACUUGAGAGCCGUAGUAGAGUCCGAUCCAUCUCGAAGUACACGUGAAUUGGCAUCGAUAUUCAAUGUUUCCAUACCCACCAUAUUGGUUCAUUUAGCUGCAAUCGGUAAGAUAAAGAAGUUGGACAAAUGGGUCCCGCACGAAUUGACCGAUGCGCAGCAGGCGCAACGUCUAGAGGCUUCCCUUUCUUUGCUUUCCCGUCACAAAAAUGAAUCUUUUUUUAAUCGAAUUGUGACCUGCGAUGAAAAGUGGAUACUCUACGACAAU